AUUCUAAUCAAUUCUUCACCGAUCCUGAUUCCUGAUCUGUUCCAAUCCAAUCCGGAUCAGAAUUGGCCGAGAUAGUCCGAUCCCGUUCUGGAUUCUUCUAUCCUGGCCUCCUGGGUAAGAGGUUCGGUUUUCAAUUUGCUCUAGAAGGCAGUUCUUCGACUACUGGUAUUGGGUGUCUUCGGGAGGUUGAAUCAGUUUUAGACGGCGGCCUUUUUCAUCCCCAGGUUCAGAUGAAUGCUGAUGAUUGAAAUUCUCGACGGUAGUUCUUUUAAUGGUAAAUCGCUCUUUUGAUCGAAGAAUUUCGCACGGAUUUCUGCUUUUCAGAGUUGAGUCACUCAGGAAUUUCAACAUUGAAGGAGAGAAAUUUUCUGUUCUGCGUUUUGGAAUCAUUGGGAGAUCGAGUUUAAGCAGAGAAGUAUUUAGGAAUUUAAAAUUUUUGGAGAAUUUUUGUUGAACAAAUAUACAGUUCAUUCGAGUUAAGUAUCUUCAGCAUUACAUACAUGGAGCUUGAGGAAGAAGAGCCAAGUUUGGAAGUCGAAGUAGAGGAAAUGGACAAAGAGAACUCUAAGGAUACUCCCAUGAAGGAAAUCAGUACACGUUUUCCUGGUGCUGUGAGAAAGAAAGCUUAUGCAUUUGAUGGGUUGGGGAGUUAUUGUACUAAGGAAUGGGAUCUCGCAGAAGGAAGAGGCAGAGAAUUUUGUUGGUAUCAUGUGGAACUUCCAAAGGGAAACCAGAAACCAGCAUUGUCUGCACAAUACCUUAUUGAUGUUUUUUGCCCUCCUUUGAAACUUCAAGACAUUCUCUCACUUGUAAGCAAUGGACCCUUUUGUGGACAUGUUGAUGGAGCACUUGUUUUUAGGGUAAAUUCACCUGGUACUACUUCAAGCGAUUUUACUCUUAGAAUUGCUGCAAGAUUAACUGAGAACUCAUUGAUUACUGUGUCUUUGGGUCGUGUUCCCAGAUUGGGAUUCUCUCCAAUGGGUCAAUCUCUUCUUUCAGAAAUUCCUAGUGUGGAGAGUCCAAGUUUUGCUAGAGCAGAGAAGGAAGGAGGUGCGAUUGUAAUCAGGGAACAUGUUCUUGAGUUCCUAUUAACUAUGAAUCAUUCUGAGGAGGCUGAUAAUCCAGUUCCACGCACUCUUUCAAAUCUAGUUAUUCAUGUACUGGACACACAUGUAGAUCACAUUCAAGACAUAGUAACCAAGCUUGAGAUCGAAUUGGACAGAGUGGAGCUCGAAUUGGAUAAAGGUGGUUUUGCCUUAAAAAAGCAUAUGCUGGAUGACAGAAGAUUUCCAAAAAUGCAUCUAAAUUUGCAGCGCCUUUUGCAGGUGAUAGCAUAUGGAGAACAAGUGUUCCCUCGUGUCAAAGAAAAAUGCUCCACAAAAAGUUGGUUUGCUGGCGUAGACAUUGUCGCUCUUGAAGAGCUGAUUGGACGUCUUAGGAGGCUAAAAGAGAAUGUUGGUUUUAUUGCGAAUCGUGUAACAGCAAUACAAGCUGGUCUUGACAGUUGGCAGGCAGAGCAAAUUAAUAAGAAGCUUUACUACCUCUCCUUCCUUUCAUUAGUAUUCCUUCCUUUGUCCGUCAUCACUGGAGUAUUUGGGAUGAAUGUGGGAGGCGUUCCUUGGUCAGGCCAAGAUGACCCUGUCAUAAAAAAUGGAUUCCGCAAUGUCAUGUUUCUUGCUGUUGGACUGCUGCUGCUUUUACUGCUUUGCUUCACCUUCCCCUCUAUCUAUGCCCGUAUAUCCACUUGGAGGAAACAGAAAGCAUUGAGGAGUAGCUGGUCUGUAAGCAGGUCUUUCUUAAAGAAAACACUCAGAGGUGGAUCUCUGGAAAGAGGGGGUUACACCCGUAUAUGAAAGAACUAUACAAGCUUCUUGGUACGCAAUUCCUCUUUUUCUUCAUGUUUUAAUUUACCAUUUGUAUAACUUGGGCUUUGAUGAGGAAAAUACAUUCCACCUCGAGAUUUUUGGGAAAUUUUUCGUUGUGGGAAUGGUUUGAUAAGACUGUAUCUCAAGUAACCUGCAGGGGUUUAGUGGUUCCAGCCGGCAGGUCUUGUAGAAAUUUAUACUCAUUAAAUAAAAUCACCAGCUGUACAGAUAAGACGGAGGCUUCGGAUCAUUCUUGUUGAA